AUGAUGGAUAACCAUUUUGCUACUACUCUGGUAAUUGCCUGCUUGCUCAGCCUUAUCUCCACCAUCUUCUUGACAGCCUCAAUUGGCACAGACGUCUGGUUUGAGUACUGCAACCCAUCAUCCCCUGAAAAUAUCAGUAAGGUCACUUGCAAUGAAGUCUUUGGUGAAAAUACAGGUGAAGACUCUUAUACGGAAGCUCUUUUUCAAUGGAAUGGCACCAUUGGACUGUGGCAAAGAUGUAUCACUAUACCUGAAAACUCCUACUGGUGCAACUCAACAGGUGAGAUGGUCACAAAGUGUAUCAGUUUUUCUCUUUCGGAUCAAUUUAUGGAAAAAUAUAAAGAACCUGGAACUAAAAGUGGCAGUGAUCUGAAACGGACCUAUCUGUGGCGCCUGCAGUUCCUUCUGCUAUUUAUCAGCCUUGGAUUCAUGUGUUUUGGAGCUGUUAUUGGUGUCUGUAUUUGUGCCUGUUGUAAGCUCUACCCUACUAUUACCACAGGAGUCCUCCAUGUCCUUGCAGGUCUGUGUACACUGGGUGCAGUUAGCUGCUAUGGAGCUGGAAUCGAGUUGCUCCACAAGAAGCUCCAGAACACUUCUGUGCAAGGGCAAUUUGGCUGGUCCUUCUGUCUGGCUUGUGUCUCAGCACCUUUGCAGUUUAUGGCAGCUGCCCUUUUCAUUUGGGCUGCACAUGCCAACAGGAGAGAAUUCAUACUCUUGAAAACAUACCAUGUGGCAUAA